CUUGUCUUCUUGACUCUUUUUGUUAUAAAUAGAACAACAUAGUCAUAAACAAUGAAAUUUCAUCAUCCAAUUGAUAAAGUGAAGUGAAGAAUUGACUCUUAGUAACAACGAUUCUGAUUCUUCUUCUUCUUCCAAUUCAAUCAAGCUUCAUCCAUGGCUACACCACCAUCAACAAUGGCGCAAAACAUGAUCAGUUCACAACAAUCCACAAUUGACACACAAACUCAAAACCCCAUUUCUUCAAACCCUACAAUCCCAUCUCCUUCACCAAUUCCCCAACAGUUACCUGCCAUCAUCAAUCUUAACCCUAGCCCUAACCCUAAUGUUCCCAGUUUUCAAAUUCAACCUCUGCAGCAGCAAGUUGCGGUGCAGCAAGCCGGACUUUACGGUGGGCUGAUGAAUUUCGGUGGAUCAGCUGCUGUUCCUGAUCAGCAACAGCAAUUAUCUGGAAGUGUCGGUGUUGGCGUCGGAGGCAACGCCUCUAACUUGUCUGGUGCUGGAGCAACUCAGUUUAACCUGUUAACCUCGCCGGGACAGAAAGUUGGUUUGGUGCAAACCUCACAACUUUCUUCUGCGAAUUCUGCUGGACAGUCACUGCAAGGAAUGCAACAAGCCAUUGGGACGUUGGGGUCGUCCAAUCUAGCUUCUCAACUGAUGACUACUAAUAGAUCUCUUUAUGGUCAGAAGCAGCAGCUCGCGCAACAGGCUUCACUUAACAAUCAACAGGCUCAGCAACAGCAAUUAGCCGGAGGCGUCGGUGUUUGCAUUGGCAGCGGUGCUUUCAAUUUUGGAGGGUCAGCUGUUGUUACUGCUCAGCAACAACAAUUAGCCGGAGGCGUUGGUCUUGGCAUUGGAGGCAACACCUCUAGCUUGUCACAGUCGGCGUUAGCUGGACCGAGUGGUCCCUUCCCCAAGUUGUCUGGUGCCAGUGCAACACAGUCUAACCAAUUAACCUCGCCGGGGCUGCAAGUUGGUUUGGUGCAAUCCUCGCAAUUUUCUUCGGGGAAUUCUGCUGGACAGUCACUGCAAGGAACACAACAAGCCAUUGGGACCAUGGGGUCGUCCAAUCUAGCCUCUCAACUGAUGACGACUAAUGGAGCUCUUUAUGCUCAGCAGCUGCAACUCUCACAGCAGGCUCCGUUUAACAAUCAACAGUUGGUUGGGUUGCCUCAGAGUGGACAGCCUGCCAUGAUACAGAAUCAGUUGCUUAAGCAAAUACCAGCAGUGUCUGGCUCUGCCUCCUUGUUGCCCCUUCAACAACCUCAGAGUCAGCAACAGCUGGCUUCAUCUGCUCAACUUCAACAAAGCUCUUUGACCCUGAACCAACAGCAAUUGCCUCAGUUGAUGCAGCAGCCGAAACCCAUGGGGCAACCGCAGCUUCAGCAGCAGCUACAACAUCAACAACUUCUACAGCAGCAGCUACAGCUACAACAACAAUAUCAGAGGCUGCAACAACAGCUGGCUUCAUCUGCUCAACUGCAACAAAACUCUUUGACCCUCAACCAACAGCAAUUGCCCUUGUUGAUGCAGCAGCCGAAAUCCAUGGGGCAACCUCUGCUUCAGCAGCAGCAGCAACAACUUCUACAGCAGCAGCUACAGUUACAACAACAAUAUCAGAGGUUGCAACAACAGCUAGCUUCAUCUGCUCAACUGCAACAAAACUCUUCGACCCUGAACCAAUUGCCCCAGUUGAUGCAGCAGCAGAAAUCCAUGGGGCAACCUCUGCUUCAGCAGCAGCUACAACAACAACAACUUCUACUGCAGCAGCAACAACUAGUUCUACAACAGCAGCAGCAGCAACAGCAACAACAACGAACUCAACUUCUGCAGCAGCAGAUGCAGGCUCUGAGGAUUCCAGGACCUGCAGGUCAUAAGUCACUAAGUUUAACAGGAUCUCAGCCUGAGGCUACUGCAUUUGGCAUGACCACACCUGGCGGAAGUUUAAGUCAAGGAACCAGAACAAAUGCCAUGUUUGGACAAACUGAAAUCAUGUCUGUUGUGAAUGAAUUGAAAGAAACAAGAAAGGAAGUCAAGGCUAUUAUCAAGAUCCUGCUGAGGUUUUUCAAGGUCAUUUCCAUUGUUAUGGCUUUGUUCAUUUUCGUAACUCUUUUUGUUGUUUUAAUCAAGCCUUCUUCUUCCUCCAAUCCAAUGGCGGAAAACGUAAUUGGUUCACCGGAUUCUCAAAUUCAGAACCCCUCUUCUUCAAACCCUUCAAUCCCAUCUCCUUCACCAAUCUCUCAACAACAACAAUCUCCUUCAAUUCACAUGUCAAAUUCAUCACCAUCUCUCUCUCAAGAUCAACAACAGUUACACACCAUCAAUACCAUUAACCCUAACUCCAAUUUUCAACUUCAACAAACGCUACAACGUUCUCCUUCUAUGUCCCGCCUUAAUCAAAUUCAACCUCAGCAGCAGCAGCAAGUUGUUGCCAGGCAGCAAGCUGCACUUUAUGGUGGGCAGAUGAAUUUUGGAGGAUCAGCUGCUGUCUCUGCUCAGCAACAGCAAUUAAGCGGCGGCGUUGCUGCCAUGGGUGGCAGUGCUUCCAAUUUGUCGCGAUCGGCGUUGAUUGGACAGAGUGGUCAUUUUCCUAUGUUGUCUGGUGCUGGAGCUGCACAGUUUAACCUAUUAACCUCGCCGAGGCAAAAAGGUGGGAUGGUGCAAUCCUCACAAUUUUCUUCGGCGAAUUCUGCUGGACAAUCACUGCAAGGAAUGCAACAAGCUAUUGGGAUGAUGGGGUCGCCCAAUCUAGCCUCUCAAAUGAGGACCAAUGGAGGUCUUUACACUCAGCAGCAGCAGAUUCGAUUGACUCCAGCCCAAAUGAGGCAGCAGCUCUCACAGCAGGCACUUAACAGUCAACAGGUUCAAGGUAUACCAAGGUCAUCAUCCCUUGCUUUUAUGAAUUCUCAGUUGUCUGGGUUGUCUCAGAAUGGGCAGCCUGGCAUGAUGCAUAACUCUUUAACACAGAGUCAGUGGCUUAAGCAAAUGCCAGCAAUGUCUGGCCCUGCCUCCCCGCUGCGUCUUCAACAACAUCAGAGGCAGCAACAGCAGCUGGCUUCAUCUGGUCAACUGCAACAAAACUCUAUGACCCUGAACCAACAGCAAUUGUCCCAGUUUAUGCAGCAGCAGAAAUCCAUGGGGCAACCUCAGCUUCAUCAGCAGCAGCCAUCCCCUCAGCAGCAGCAGCAACAACAACUUCUACAGCCACAACAACAAUCUCAACUACAAGCAUCUGUUCAUCAACAGCAACAUCUGCACUCUCCUAGGGUGGCAGGACCUACAGGUCAAAAGUCAAUAAGUUUAACAGGAUCGCAGCCAGAUGCUACUGCAUCUGGUGCGACCACACCUGGCGGAAGUUCAAGUCAAGGAACUGAAGCAGCUACAAACCAAGUACUUGGAAAGAGAAAAAUACAGGAUUUAGUUGCACAGGUGGAUCCACAGGGUAAGCUGGACCCUGAAGUUAUAGAUCUUCUUUUAGAGUUUGCCGAUGACUUCAUUGAUUCUGUAACUACACACGGUUGUAUUUUGGCAAAACAUAGAAAAUCAUCAACUUUGGAGUCCAAGGAUUUAUUGCUACACCUAGAGAAAAAUUGGGAUUUGACAAUUCCUGGAUAUUCAAGUGAAGAGAAGAAGUACCAGAGUAGACCUCUCUCCAAUGAGCUUCACAAGAGACGGCUAGAUGCGGUUCGCAUGUUGAUGGAAUCCUCUUCAGUCCCGGAAUCAAUUGUUAACAAUUCUAAAGAUAUCAGUAGACAGGGCCAUCCCAACCCUGCAGGUUCCCAUCAUCUAAUGAGACCCCUGAGUUCAGACCAGCUGGUUUCUCAUUCAACUAGUUCUCAAAUGCUACAGCAGAUGACAAGGUUUUAGUUAACCUCUCUGUUUCUGGUCUUAGGUUUAACUGCCUGUGUGCUAGUAAGGUCUGGAAGUAAAUCAAGAAAUUCUUGCUGUUACUGAUUAUAGCAUCCAAGAAAAAUUGUAAUUAUUUUGUAUUAGACAUGAAAGUUAGUUGUUAAAGUAUCCCGCUAAGCGACUACUCUCCUCUAGAUAUCCCCCCCGCUCCUUCAAUAGUCAUUUAUUUCAACUAUUUAAACCAAAUAAUGGAUUUGUAAUGGCCAUUGGUGCCUAUAAAUUCAUUGGUAGAGUUAUUCAAACUUUCUUGUAUACUUUAUAGUUCUGGUUGGCAUGAAAAAACUCUUGUAAAGCUUUUAAAUUUUGUAAUGCGACCAACACGCUGUAUGUAAUUAUUUUAUUUAUACAGAAAGCAGUAAUUAUUCUGGCAAUA